GAGAACAUGCUGUCUGCUUAUACAGUUAACUGAACAGGAAACACUUGACUGAUAAUGACGUUUUAACAGAAAGUCACUGUAGCCGUAGAUACAGAGUUAGCGAGCUAGCGAAGUGAGCCACUAGCGGCUAGCGGCGUAGUUUAGAGGCUCUGAAUGCUAGUCCGUGUUCUACGGUUUGUCUGUUAUUACACCAGUUAUAGCGCAAGUAGUUCAAGUGGAGAAGCGCUGAGCUGUAACGCACACGUGAGCUGUAACGAAUGACCUCUCGCCUCACAACGCUAACGGAAUUAUUUGGGAGCUGCUGCACAUUACGAGAUGUCCAGACAGAGCACUUUCACUGCAGCAGUGGCAACCUUGUUAGGAGCCACUCUUGGAGGACUGUUCCUGUGGCGUAGUAUAUAUGCACAAAAGAGAAAAGCUCUCAAAGUCCCAAAGGACACUCGUCAGUUGCCUGUGGAGCGCCUCGGACCUCUGGAAUUGAGCAGCACUGCUGUUCACCAUUCACAAGACCUCACACCACUAUCACUACCACAGACUCCAAAAUGUGUGCCAGUUCCAUCCAUUGAGAAGUUAUUGGAGGUUCCAGCGGUCGUGGUGAGCUCAACAGAUGAGUUUGAAAAACACUGGCCUUUGUUCCAGAAGGAUCUGGCUGUCUUCCCUGUGCUGGGUUUGGACUGUGAAUGGGUAAAGAGCAUGCGUGUGUCCAUCAAAGGCAAAGCAUGUGCCGUGUCUUUGCUCCAGAUGGCUACGUACUCAGGCCGCUGUAUGCUGGUAAGAUUGCUGCCUUUUCGUGACACCCAGCUGCCUCUUCCUAAUGGUUUGGUACAGGUGCUGAGAGACGCUCGUGUGCUAAAGGUGGGCGUUGGCUGCUAUGAAGAUGGCAAGCGCCUGGCCAGUGACCACGGCCUGGCCCUUGUUUGCACAGUGGACUUGCGCUACUUGGCACUUAGACAAAGGAAUGCAGUGCUGAAUAAUGGGCUGAGUUUAAAGUCCCUGGCUGCAGACCUGCUUAAUGUCUCUCUGGAUAAAUCUCUGGAGCUGCGCUGUAGUAACUGGGAAGCUGAAAACCUGAGUUGGGAGCAGAUGUCGUAUGCAGCUCGUGAUGCCCAGAUUUCAGUCUCUCUGUUUCUCUACCUGUUGGGACUCUACUCUGAGCCAUGCCUGCUGAGUGAGAAUGAGACAGACUUCUCAAAGCUGGCUGGUCACUGCCAGGGCCUGGUGGAUGUGCCCUUUAAGUGGCGCAGUGAAGGGGACGAGGGGGAACGUAGACGCCGGUGUCGCAGAUCUACUGUCGAUAGUCCUGAGUCUGGUGAUCAGCAAGUACCAGACCCACGUAGGAACAAGCGGAAACCCCUUGGAUUUGGAUAUUCAGCCAGGAAAUCCCCAUUGUACGACAACUGCUUCCUUCAUGCACCUGAUGGCCAGCCGCUCUGCACGUGUGACAAGAAAAAGGCUAAAUGGUACCUUGACAAAGGAAUAGGAGAGCUGGUCAGUGAGGAGCCCUUCAUCGUGCGUUUGCUGUUCGAGCCCUCAGGUCGCCCUGACUCUCAGAAAGAUUAUUACCUCACAGCCAAAGAAAAUCUCUGUGUGGUAUGUGGAAAAGCCGAGUCCUAUAUCAGAAAGAACAUCGUUCCACAUGAGUACAGGCGCCAUUUUCCCACUGAGAUGAAGGACCACAACUCCCAUGACAUCCUGCUGCUGUGCACUUCCUGCCAUGCGGCGUCUAACGUGUACGACGGCUUCCUAAAGCAACAACUAGCAGACGAGUUCUCUGCCCCGCAGGGCUGUGAGGAGGGUGUAAAGAUGCUGGAGGACUCGGAUCGGCGGCGAGUGCGUUCAGCUGCCCGUGCCCUUCUCAGUGCCAAUGACAGCAUGCCUGCUACCAGACGAGAAGAGCUCCUGUCAGUCGUUCAUGCGUACUUCUCCAAUGAAGGUGACGAGGAGGAAGACGACAGCCUCACCGAGGGAAGGCUGCACACAGCAGCUAACCUGGAGACAAGGAUCUUUAAUGAGAGCUAUGUGCCACAUGGGCUGAAGGUGGUACAGGUGUAUGCUGAGCGUGGACUGCGUGGUCUGAUUGAGUUGGAGCGACGCUGGCGUCAGCACUUCCUGUCCAGCAUGCAGCCCAAAUUUCUACCUCCACUGUGGUCUGUCAACCAUAACCACGAGAAAUACUUGCGCAAGUAUGGAGAGAACCUGCUCGUUACUCUGACCUGAGCACACCAGUUAACCACAGAGGUAGGCAGAGGUGGUUUGGGCAAGAACAGGAUCCUCAUCCCAAACCUGUGAUGGUGUUUCACUGUAUUUCUAGGAGAUGGACUUGUCUUGAUCUGAUAUUGACUCCUAUAUGAUGUGAGCCUAGCAUGAGUUCUGAGACUGUAGAUGAACUAGAAAAGACCAGCCACAGGCUCUUGAUUGUGGGCUCACUGUGAUCACUACAGAGAUGAUGAGAGUUAAAAAAAAAAAGGUGCAAGAACUGUAAUGACGACACAUUGUAUGCACAUUGUAUGUGGGAGAAAAGUUCUCAACUUUACAUAAAAAGAAACUUGUAAAUUUUUAACAGCCAAAACCUGCUCUUGAUUUCUUAAAAUUAAAAAUAUAGAUAUAUAAUACAUAGGUUAAAUUUGUUGCAGGUUUAAAUAUUUUGAUUAAUUGUGUGGUAAAUCUAGGGUUUUGCAAUAUGGGGCUGUUGACAGUAUAUAUUUUUUACGUUUUCAUUCCUCAUAUUUCUAUAACUGAGAUAAUGGUCUUCACUGUAUGUUGGUCUUUUAUGAUGGACUUGACAUCAUUCAAAACUUUCCACCUUUAAAAUGAACAAUUUGUUUCUGCCUGUUAGAACUUUUUAAUCUUACUAAUUCAUGAGCAAUUAUUUAGCAUAUGUCUGGAGAGGACGUAGCCACACCUCGCUUUUGUAUGCUUUCCAAAUUCCCAAACAUCAGUCAGGACACCUCAAAGUGCACAUUCCCCCCUGACUGCCAUGAUUUGGUGUAUAGCUCAUGACUGUGACACUGAGUGGCAUCUAAAGUUCGACCUUUAACAGCCAGACGCCCAGCUCCAUUUGCAAUAAUGAGGAAUUGUAAUUCUCAUUACCAUGAUCUUUGUAAACGAGAUUUCCACACUUGAGCAUGCAGAAUUUAAUUAAAGAAACUACAGCUUUUUUUUCCCCCUUUUAUUUACAUUUGUCCAGAUGUAACCUCAUAAAAGCUGUUAUGUUUCCUUAAAUUGUUAUUAAAAUAUAUAUUUAAUGUUAA